UUUACUGAUUGUACCCGCGACGCCGCGACGGUGAUUACAGUUAUUAGAAUAAUACAAAAAUACGAAAUACAAAACACAAAUUACUGACUAUUGUCUAUUACGGACCGUUGUAAACUUGUAAACCUCGUAUCUGUCAUAUUAUAUUUUUACACCUUAAAUAGUUUUAAAUUUAUUAAUAUAUGUGUAUUGACUACUGUAUCAUAACACGAAUUUACAUUAGUUUUUUUGAAAAAAACACUUGGUGGUGGAGCGGAAUCUAUUUUAUAAUUUCAAUAAUCACUUACAAACAACGUUUCGGUUUGGUGCUACAAUUUAGUAAACAGUAAGUGAAUUUUAUAUGAAUAAGUGCGAUGGACCUAAUGGAAUGUUACUUAUCGACCAGCCGGAUCGUACUGCAAGCCAAGAGCACAGAUCCAUUGACUUGGCAAAAAUUGCACUCAUUGUUACCAAUAUUACAUGAGCAUCUAUCUUGUCAGGUAUGUCAUAAGCUGGUCGACCGACUUAAUCCCUAUUUAAACGGAUACGCAUGUACAGUGUGUGUGAAUCACCAGAUAACCGAAAACCCAUCUAGUGCGAUAAUACAAUGCUACAAGAAACUGUGUGCUUAUAUACAUAGCUCGCCACUGUAUAAAGUUAUGUGCACAAGAGUUGAAGACAAACGGUUAGUCGAAUUAGUAACCGAAGUUAUUGGUCUACCUCGAUCAAUUAACGGUUACAGUGGAAUGGUAAAUGGUUCAGUGACUAAACAAGAAAUAAACAAAGAAGAUAGUGAAGACGAUAUUACGUUAAUGGUAAAUGGUACAAUGAAUAAACAAGAAUUAAAAGAAGACGAUAGAAAAGACGAUAACACGUUAAUAUCGUCAUCAGAUAUUCAAUUGUCCACUGAAAACCAAACACCAGAGGAUUAUAUUAACUACCAAAUAUUUGAUGUACAAUCCCAAAAACACAAAAUUCAAAAUCAAUCUCUAAUCAACAAUAUUCCUAAAAAGAAGAAAAAUGAACGCCGUUGGGGCUGUCGAUGUGGUAAUGCUACAACUACUCCUGGCAAGCUAACAUGUUUUGGACAAAGAUGUCCCUGUUAUACAGAACAAAAACCUUGUGAUCAAUGCAAAUGUAGAGGGUGCAGAAAUCCUAGACAAAAGAGGUCUAAUAAUGAUGACAACUUGGAAAUAGAUCAAAUACGUCGGAAACCAGUGACCUUAGAAUUAGUAUCUUCACUCAAGCCUUCUUCACAUAAUAAUAGCAAUACGGCAUUUAGUUCUUAUACAAUGCAUGAUAUGUUGCAGUUUUCUUCACACAGUCAACAUUUCGAUCAAGGUGGGACUGAAGACAAUCUUGGACAUGUGAACUCUAUUUUCCAUUCUCCUUGAAUAACCAUCAUUGAACAUUUUUAGGUGUAACUAGUGUUGUAUGCUAUCUGAAAGAAUGGUGGUAUAACCUUCCGUAAAAUGGGGUGAAUUCAGACACGUAGGGUGAUUCCGGACAAUACCAUGUUCACACACAAAAUACCACAAAAUUCAACUUUUAAAAAAAGUGUGGACUUCAAUGAUGUUAGUAUUAUUUUUUGCCAUGUGAUUUCAGCAUACUUACAGAACAGGUAUAUUUUUUCAUAAUUUUAGAAACAAUAUAUUGAGUUUAAAUUUUUAAAAAACGUUAAAAUCUGUUCAUAGUUACCCCAUUUUACGGUACAUUUUAAAUGAUUAUUAUAAUAGACUCUUAGGAUCUUAAAUCAUUUUUUUUUUAUUUGAUAUCAGCAUGUAUUAUUGAACUUUCAUACAUAUUUAAAGGUUACUUUGAAGUCUUAAAAUAAAUUGAAUACUAAAGUUUGAAUAACCGACCCUAAACAUUCUUAUUUAAGCGUUUUAUCAUGAAGAGUCUAUAUUUCAAACUAGAACAAAUAUUGUAUAUUAUUUUUUAUAAUUUAUAACUCAUAACACAAAGUAUUAACUUUUAAGACUCAAUAUACCAAAAAAUACAUAAUUAACAAUUAGGUAUAAACUCAUAACUAAAAUUCUUUAGGUAUUAGGUUUAAAUAAUAAUAAUAUCACACUACUAAACUAUUUACUGUAGGAAGUGUAGGUAAAAUGUAGCAUACAACACUAAUGUAUUACCUACCCAUAGGUACAAUACAACACCAGUAACAGUACUACCUCUUUAAGAGGACGUAACACUGAUAUUUGUUGUCUCCGUCUUACCAGUGCGUAACAUAGCAAACUUACGCUCAGCAGAACACUUGUAGCUUCAUUAGUUCAAACAUAAGAGUGAAUACCUAUUAUGAAACUUGAUGGAAAGAACAUUAUCUGUGUUUGUACGUUGGUUUUUACGAUAAUUCAGUUUUUAAGUGAGUUAUGAGCAUUUUUAAUUUACGGUAUAUUAUAUAUGAAUAACUUGCUAAAAAGUUAACUAUCGUAAAAAACAUACAAACAUAGAUAAUAUUUUACCAUCAAGUUUCAUAAUAGGUUAUUUCACUCUAAUUUUUAAACUAAUGAAGCUACACGUGUUCUGCAGAGCGUAUAUUUGCUAUGUUACGCACUUGUAAGACGGAGACAACAAAUACCAGUGUUACGUCCUCAUAAGUAUGAGCAAUAAUAUUUCGCGCCAGGAGAGAAAAUGACCGUUUUGCACAUGCAAAAACUAACGGCAGAGACUGGUUCAAGGCCCCAUAUCCCCCACUUUGAGCUGCAACGGUAUAUACCCUGUUUAAAAUGAGAAGCCACCAGAUUUAUGUAAGAAAACUGGUUUAGACUAAGGCCGCUUAGUGGCUUCUUAUUUUGAACAGGGUAUAGAUUGUAUAUUUAUAUAUUAUAGUGUCAUGCGUUACCGAACGUACCAAACAUUAACUAGCUGUUGCCAUAGAGUGGGGGAUGUGCGGGAUCGGACGUGUUUUGGAUAGGUUGAUUGUUGAUUGUAUAUAUUCCGAAAAGGUAAUUCUAAGUAUUGUUCUACUAUUUUAACUAAUAAAAUAAAUUAACAGAUAUUUUAUGUAAGUCUAUUAUAUGGACAUAUUGUAUUGUAUUUGAAAAAAAUGUUACAGAAUUUCCAUCAUCUAUUACAAAGUAUAAAUUUAUAACAUUUUGUUAUAAAUUAUCAUAGUAUAAUAUAUAUUUAUACCUAUUAACUAGUUUAUUCGAAUAUUGUGUGAUUUAAUUAUAAUAGUUAAAAUACAAAAUCUUUAAAUAAUAUAUGUACAAAAUUCUCAGGUCCCCAAUGAUUGCUGCAUUACCUGAUACAUCAUGCCAGCAUUGCCUGUAAUAAAUACUGUAAUAUUAAUUUGACUAAUUUGAGAUCUAUUUCUUUGUCGUCAAUAUGUAUAUAUUUUUAUUUUUCCCAUGGAAACCUUUGAACAAUUGUUGAUAUAAUAUUUGUUAAAAUAAUUCUUAUUACUAUAAUUUUAUGUUGUCUUACAAAAUGUGUGUAUGUGUAACUAUUGUACAAUGUCAAAAAAUAAAGUUUCAUUAAUAUCACAUAAACACUUA